GGGACUUCCGGGACGGCCAGGAAGUCGCCUCUCUCGCUCUCUCCGGUAGGAGGCGGGUAGCUUUGCGGGUGUAGCCCCGAAUGCUGCUGAGCCAGGUGGACCGGGAGGGGCGGGGCGGAACACUUUGGCUACGGGCCUGAGACUAGGUCCCCUGAGGCUGCCGCUGCCUGGGCAAGAGGUCGCCAUUCAUUCCCCACGUGUGGUUGAAGAGCGAGGGCCCCAUCAGGGGCCCUUUGGAAGUCCGUGCUGGUCCCUACAGAAGAGGCGUCCUGCGUGGACCCUGGGCUGCUGCCGGCCUUCUCAGAUCGGAGGUCCUCCUCCUCCUCCUUCCACCUGCAGCUCAGGUGACCGGCGCCAUGGCUUUUCCCCAUCGGCCGGACGCGCCAGAGCUGCCUGACUUCUCCAUGCUCAAGAGACUGGCCCGAGACCAGCUCAUCUAUCUGCUGGAGCAGAUUGGAAGGUCCUUGAGGACAGGGAUAUACCUAUUUUGUCCAACACCGUAUACCCACUUCCAGGAAAAAAGGACUUGUUCAUCGAGGCAGAUCUCAUGAGCCCUUUGGAUCGAAUUGCUAAUGUCUCCAUCCUGAAGCAACACGAAGUAGACAAGCUGUACAAAGUGGAGAACAAACCAGCCUUCAGCUCCAGUGAACAAUUGUGCUUCUUGGUCAGACCCCGCAUCAAGAACAUGCGGUACAUUGCCAAUCUUGUCAAUGCUGACAAAUUGGCUGGCCGAACUCGAAAAUACAAAGUGAUCUUCAGCCCUCAGAAGUUUUACGCAUGUGAGAUGGUGCUUGAGGAAGAGGGCAUCUAUGGAGAUGUGAGCUGUGACGAAUGGGCUUUCUCUUUGUUGCCUCUUGAUGUGGACCUGUUGAGCAUGGAACUACCAGAAUUUUUCAGGGACUAUUUCCUGGAAGGAGAUCAGCGUUGGAUCAACACUGUGGCCCAGGCCUUGCACCUCCUCAGCACCCUCUAUGGACCUUUCCCUAACUGCUAUGGGAUUGGCAGGUAUGCCAAGAUGUCACAUGAAUUGUGGAGGAAGCUGGAGGAGGAAGAGGAUGGUGAAACCAAGGGCCGAAGGCCAGAAAUUGGACACAUCUUUCUCCUGGACAGAGAUGUGGACUUUGUGACAGCACUUUGCUCCCAGGUGGUUUACGAGGGCCUGGUGGAUGACACCUUCCGCAUCAAGUGUGGCAGUGUCGACUUUGGCCCAGAAGUCACGUCAUCUGACAAGAGCCUGAAGGUGCUGCUCAAUGCCGAGGACAAGGUGUUUCAUGAGAUUCGUAAUGAACACUUCUCCAACGUCUUCAGCUUCUUGAGCCAGAAGGCCCGGAACUUGCAGGCCCAGUAUGACCGUCGGAGAGGCAUGGACAUCAAGCAGAUGAAGAACUUCGUGUCCCAGGAGCUCAAGGGACUGAAACAGGAGCACCGGCUGCUGAGUCUCCAUAUUGGGGCCUGUGAAUGCAUCAUGAAGAAGAAAACCAAGCAAGACUUCCAGGAGCUCAUCAAGACUGAGCAUGCACUGCUAGAGGGCUUCAACAUCCGGGAGAGCACCAGCUACAUCGAAGAGCACAUAGAUCGGCAGGUGUCACCCAUCGAAAGCCUUCGCCUCAUGUGCCUUUUGUCCAUCACUGAGAAUGGUUUGAUCCCAAAAGAUUACCGAUCCCUGAAAACCCAGUAUCUGCAGAGCUAUGGCCCUGAGCACCUGCUAACCUUCUCCAAUCUGCGGCGAGCUGGGCUCCUAACAGAGCAGGCACCAGGGGACACCCUCACAGCUGUAGAGAGUAAAGUGAGCAAGCUGGUGACGGACAAGGCUGCAGGAAAGAUUACUGAUGCCUUCAGUUCUUUGGCCAAGAGGAGCAAUUUUCGUGCCAUCAGCAAGAAGCUGAAUUUGAUCCCACGUGUGGACGGCGAGUAUGAUCUGAAAGUGCCACGCGACAUGGCCUACGUGUUCAGUGGUGCUUAUGUGCCCCUAAGCUGCCGAAUCAUCGAGCAGGUGCUGGAGCGGCGAGGCUGGCAGGGCCUGGACGAAGUGGUGCGGCUGCUCAACUGCAGUGAGUUGGCGUUCACAGACAGGAGCAAGGAAGACAAGGCUUCCAGUGAGUCCCUGCGCCUCAUCUUGGUGGUGUUCUUGGGUGGUUGCACAUUCUCUGAGAUCUCAGCCCUGCGGUUCCUGGGUAGAGAGAAAGGGUACAGAUUCAUUUUUCUGACGACUGCAGUCACCAACAGUGCUCGCCUUAUGGAGGCCAUGAGUGAAGUGAAAGCCUGAAGUUUUCCCUGCCACAAUUGAAGUCUCAUGUUCCUCAGUGGGAUGCAGGCAUUUGACUCCCGGCGGCAAAUAAAAUCUCUACUAAUGCCCCUUCUAAGAGCUAAGGAGCAGGGAACUUUUUUGGGACUUAGAGAACAUAUCUGAGGAGAGAGUUCACAUCCUACCCCCAGGAUAUUUCUUUUUUGUUUAAGGAGUCCAGCCGAUGCCGACAAAAUAAGGUAGAGAAAGAUCUUUUGCUAAAUCCUCUUUUAGGAUCAUUGUAAAUAAAAUCUUUACUCUUAGUGUCA